AUCCCCAUUGUUACUACUUCCUCACCCCACAGUACCCAUGGUACUCCCAUAACAUAAUUAGCUACAACUUCCUUUCAUCACAAAAAACACCAAAACUAACACCACUCCCAAUGUCCGUUCCAGCCACACCACCAGCAACAACACCGCCAACAGCAUCAGCAUCAGCAACCUCCGAACUGCAAUCCUCUCUCCGCGAACUCUCCCUCACCAAUAAAAGCCCCAUUAAGGACAUCCCCCGACCAACUCCCCCCACCUCUGUCCCCAAACAACACCACCACACAGUGAAGAAGAAAAAAGAGCCUGCCCCCGUCGCCGACUCCUGGGAAGAUGAAGUAGACUCUGCUUCCGCCUCUGACCCCGAAGGAGGAGCAGCCGAGAUUUCAUCUACUUCCCCCGCUACCUCCUCCCGCUUCGCCAGCCCCGCAUUGUCGCCUUCCAUCCGUUACACUGAAGGUCCUCUAGACCCCCCGCCCACGCCUAUCUCGCCGCAGACGUCUGCGUCACAGCCGCCGUGGCCUACGUAUGGUGGACGAUCAGAGGCAAGGUCGCCGGCGAGGAGGCCGGAGAAGCAGACGGCUGUGGCGGGGAGGAUGAUCGCCGGGGCGUUGGGAAUUCGGGCGCCCAAGCGCACGGAGGAGCAGCGGGCGUAUGACCGCGCGGUGAAGGAGCAGGAGAUUAAGCGGCGGAAUAAGGAGAAGGAGGAGGCGGCAAAGGCGAAGGAAGAGGAGGAGAAAGCUAAGGCAGCGGUGUGGGACAUGUAAUUGACACUGUUAUAUCAACGGACUUUCUACACCAUACUGUUGGGUGUGGGGUUGGUGGGGAUACAUAUUCUUUGCUAUUACUUUGAGCUCUUGAAA